GUACAGAGGAUGUUGUAAAAGAUAUGGUUGGACAGACUUUUGGUUUCAUGCCAAGGGAUAUUAGGGCUUUAGUUGCUGAUGAUAGUUCAAGUUUGAUUCCUAUUAAUGGCAGUAGCUUUGAGAAGUUGGGUGACAGCAAAGAAUUCAUGGUCAAAGCUUUGGAGCGGUCAAAGAAAAGGAAUGCAUCGGCUUUGGGGAAUCCCAAGGUCCCUAAUGUUAAGUGGGAGGAUGUUGGUGGGCUGGAAGAUGUGAAAAAAAUCUAUUCUUGAUACAGUUCAG